ACAGAACCCAAAAGUUGCGUCCAGCUUCUUCAAGACGGUUUCUCAUCCAGUGGCGUGUACAUUAUCAAUCCAGAUGGUGGAAUUCCAAUUCAAGUGCUGUGUGACAUGACUACAGACGGUGGAGGUUGGGCGGUGUUUCAAAGACGUUUGGAGGGUUCCGUUAAUUUUUUUCGUGGGUGGGAUUCCUACAAAAACGGGUUUGGAAAUCUGAACGGCGAGUUUUGGCUUGGAAACGACAAUCUUCACCGUUUAACAGCCGCAGAUGAGGUGGUGCUUAGAGUUGACUUGGAGGAUUUUGAAGGAGAUAUCAGAUACGCAGAAUACACAACUUUUAACGUGUCUGACCAGAGUGAAAAAUAUCGUCUGUCCGUCGGAGGCUACAGCGGUACAUCGGGUGAUUCAAUGAGUUAUGAAGGCGACAGUUACUGGGAAGCAGAGUAAGUAAAUAAGCCCUUCGGACGGCUAGUGCAACGGCCACAGUUGGCUAGCAUCAGAACAAGUGCACCAUUUGGAAAUCUCGAAUAAAGUCAAUGCUCACCGGAAAGUGUGUCUUGAAAGAGCCUGCUUGUGGGCUAGAUGUUGGCUAGACCUCUAGCAUGCGAUCGAGCAAGUAGCUAACCCAGUAUUUGUUUGCAGAGUCAUGCGGUUAGGGUAGCAACAUACACAAGCAAGCAGCGAACGCGGAGCCACGAGCCGCUAGAACCUAGGGCGUUAGUCCAAGAAGAAGAAAAAAUACUGCUGACUCUUUUUUUCUUUCUGGAGGCAAAGCAUAGCUGUCAAGCUAAUCUUAUUGAUUAAUUAAUCUAAUAGACCCCAACUUUAUUUUUAGCAAUCCGUCUUCUUGUUGGCUUUUCUGAUUAACCGUGUUGUUUUACCAACGUGUUCGCGGUGAUUACCUAUUUAAGAGAAAAAUGAUUUAAGGCAAACUGCAGGUGUUGAUGGCGACAAACGGAUUGUCGAAAAAUGAACGUUGCCGAGCAGCAAACCUCUGAGUACUUUGAGUUUUAUUGUCAAAGCUGAUACCAAAGUUUUAGACACAGACUUAUCCUUCGAUGGAUCUCUACACGAAAAAUAAUAAACGUUCACUGUUUGUCGUAAACGUGAAUGUAAAUGUCCAAAUUACUUAUCAAAAGUAAAUCAUGAAAUGCUCGUUGAAAGCCUGACAGACAAACAAAUCAGCAGAGUUCGCUGGUGUAACUUCCGGUGCAUAAAACACUUGACUGUUUUAUCAGGACGACCAUCAUUUACUUGUUAUUAAUUUCCCUCGUUUACAUUUCUAUAGUGGCAUGCAGUUUUCCACAAAGGACCAGGAUAAUGACGGAGGAAGUGGCAGCUGCGCUCAACUGUACAAAGGGGCAUGGUGGUACAACGCGUGUCUUUCAUCAAACCUGAACGGCUUGUACAUUAACGGUGCACAUAGUGAUGAUGGUAUUGGUAUUAACUGGGGUACCUUUAGAGGCUAUUAUUACUCACUUAAACGGUCAGAGAUGAAAGUGAAGCCCAAAUAA